GCUGCUGCAGCAGUAGCAAUAGGAACAGCAGUGUUGCAGCAGGCUUGGUUGCGGUUCGCAGCAUGUCGCGGGAUGGGCGCCUCUACGGUUUGACGGGCCUUCUGCUGCUACUCCUGCUCUGCCGGCAGCCUGCCAGUGUCGCCUGUCGCCUCAAGUGUCCGGCAGGCGACUUAUGCGCUGCUCACUAUGUAUGCUGCUACGAUCAACUCUGCUGUCCGCUGUCAGAGAGGGUGGCAGAGAUAGCCGGUGCGGUGAGCGGAGUCAUCCUUAUGUUCGGAGGCGUUACUUUCUGCUGUGUCAAGUGUUGCAGGACCAGAAGACGAGAUGCCAGCAGCCCAGUGCUGAGGACACCUGCUGUUGUUCCGACUCCGACACCAGCUACAGGUGAUGAUGAGGAUCACUUCAUUGAGACAUCGCCUCUUAUUCAUGACCAGCCUGUGACGUAUGGGUGUCAUGAGGACAUCAGCUAG